AUGCCACCACCGCCACCGCCACCGCCACUGCCACCGCCAUUUCUGUUUCUUAUUCUGAUCAUUCUCUUUCUCCUCCCCCGUCCGGCGGCGGUUUCCUCCUCCGCCUGCAGCGCCGUCUGCGGCAACCUUCAAAUCCCCUUCCCUUUCCACCUCAACACUUCUUCAUGCGAACACCCACUACGCCCAAUCCCAAUUCCACAGCCUUUCCAUCUCUACUGCCUCAACUCCACAACCCUUUUCCUCAACCUCACCGGCCAAACCUUCCGCAUCCUCGAAUUCCUCUCCGGCGCCGUUCUGGUCGACUUUCCCGGCCCAUCUCCCUGCCGCCAGUACAACGACUUCAACGCAUUUAACCCACUUUCAGCCAACCCCUUCUUCGCCAUCGCCAAUGACAACGUCCUCGCCCUUUAUGAUUGUAACGAUUCCUCCCUCUGUAAAGCCACCUGCGAGAAGCUCAUCAUGCCCGGCUGCGACGGAACCGCCCGUUACUCGCCGGCCUGCUGCUACCCACUUACCGACAGCUCCGUGUGGCGAAAUGGCGGUGACUUUUCCGUCUUCUCUAAGCUCGGGUGCAGGGGAUUCUCGAGCUGGGUUGUGGAGAAGGGGUCCAGUGCCGGCAAGCGAGGGGUUAAAUUCGAAUGGGGCCUUCCUAGGAAUUUCUCCGAUGGGAUUUGUGAUAAGAAUGGGUUUGUUGUUAAUGCCACCGCCGUUCCUGACGGGGUUAGAUGUUCGUGUUCCGAUGGGUUCGUCGGCGAUGGCUUUGCUCGUGGAUUUGGGUGCUUGAAAUCCUGCGUUAAGAACGGGCGCGAGGAGUAUGGAAGUAGCUGCCACGGCAAAGGGCGUAGUGAAAAGGAGCUUAUAAUCUUUACAGGUGUUCUUGCUCCUCUGUUCAUUAUAGCUUCUCUUAUCGGACUUUUCUGCAUAUUAAGACGACCCGUCAAGCAAACCACGCUUAACUAUGCCCACAGCCAGUUUCACAGCGAUGCAUUGCUGCAAAAAGCUUGUAGGACUCGUUUAUUCACUUACCACGAGCUACAAGAAGCCACCAGGGGAUUCGGGGACAAUGCCAAGCUUGUUCGGAGCAGCAAUGGAGCGAUCUAUGCCGGGGAGCUCCGAGACGGAGUGAGAGUAGCAGUUCACCAGCUACACUGCGAGAAUGAAGGCAAUCUUAUGAGUGUUCUGUCCCAAAUUGAGAUUCUGUAUGUACUUGCACACAAGAAUGUCGCCCAUAUACUCGGCUGCUGCAUCGAUCCUGGCUGCGCUCCGUUGGUUGUUUACGAACAUCCCGUCAACGGGACGUUAGAGAAACAUUUGCAUCACCCGAAAGGAACCGAACCGACGCUGGAUUGGUAUAGGAGAUUGAAGAUAGCUGCUGAGACAGCUAGUGUUCUAGCUUUCCUGCAAUGUGAGGUGUCUCCACCGAUUUUCCACGACCAUCUCGAAUCAUGUCAUAUCUAUCUCGACGCGGAUUUCUCGGCCAAAGUAUUAGGAUUCGGGCUGCUAAACGCUGCAACCGACGACAAAUCUCACCCGGUUGAAGCAUCGUGUUUCCAUAACAAUGAUGUUUAUGACUUUGGAGUUGUGCUUCUUGAAAUGGUGACAGGGUUGAAGAACUCAGACCUCCCAAUGGUAGCAUUGCAAAAGAUAAGAAUUGGGAAGCUAGAAGAAGUUGUGGAUCCGGUUCUGUACUAUCAUGAGCAGCCUCCCCAUAGCAGAGAGCAAAUAGAGAUAGUUGCAGACCUUGCGACACGGUGCUUGCUGUUCGGUCGAGACGGGAAGCUGCGGAUGAGCGACGUUUCGAAGGAGUUGGUGCACGUAAUGAAGGAAAACGUCGUCGACGGAGGAGGAGGAGGAGGAGGCAUCACAAGGGGGCCUGCAAUAGAGGAAACUUUCUCAAAUUCAAGCCUUCUUCAAAUGAUAUCAAUGUCCCCUGACUCAAUCCUUGCUCCAUGAAUACGUUCAAUUCUAUGCAGAAGUUGUGUCUAAAACAUGUUUCUGCCAUGAAAAUACCUUCUUUUUUCUU